GUGGCAGGAGCCUGGGGGCACAGCGGUCGGCAGAGGCGGUUGCUACGUGUGGAGCUAUGGGAAAACAGCCCGUCGUGCCGCCAGUGGACCUGGGAGAGCAGAGUGUGGCAGUUCGGGGUCCAGAGCUGGUGCGCCGCUCCCGACUGCCACAGACUGCCACCGAGCCGGGUCGGCCGUUCCGGGCGUUGGACGACGCCUGCCGUACACUGUACGAUACCUUCAGGCGCGGCGCCAAGCUCUCCAACAACGGCCCCUGUCUGGGCUGGCGCGAGGCAGACAAGCCGUACCAGUGGAUCCACUACAACGAGUCGCUUCUGCGCGCCAAGAACUUCGCCGCAGGCCUGGUCGCCUCGGGCCUGAGUCCAGGUCAGGACACCAGCGUGGGCGUCUACAUGCAGAACUGCCCGGAGUGGGUGCUGACGGAGCGCUGCUACUGCUUCAGCAUGGUGGUGGUGCCGCUGUAUGACGCUCUGGGGGAGGCUACCUGCGCCUACGUCAUCGAUCAGGCCAACCUGAAGGCCAACCUGACGGUGGUGGUGGUGGACAACGACACCCGUCUCACCACGCUUUUGAACCGUCGACCGCGACGGCUGGCGCACGUGGUCUGCACGCACCAGCCCUCGGCCGAGAUUCUGCAGCGCUCCGCUGACCUUGCCGUCCGCGUGUCCCGCUUCACCGACCUGGAGAGUGCCGGCGCCAAGGCGCAGCUGGCGGAGAGGCCGCCGCGGCCCGAGGACCUGGCCACCAUCUGCUACACGGCCGGCACCACCGGCUCCCCCAAGGGCGUGAUGCUGCCGCACGCCAGCCUGGUGGCGGCUGUGCACGCGCUGGUGCUGCAGCUGGACUCUCAUGCGCCAGCCAGCGGCGAUACGCUCGUCUCGUUCCUGCCGCUGGCGCACAUGCUGGAGCGCGUCUGCGAGGCGGUGAUGUACGCGCAGGGCGGCGCGGUGGGCUUCUUCCGCGGCGACCUGCGUGGUCUGGCGGCUGACCUGCGCCAGCUGCGUCCCACCGUCGUGCCCAUGGUGCCGCGGCUGCUGAACCGGCUGCGCGACCGAGCCUGGGCCGAGGUCAGCACGAGCCCGCUGCGGCGCCGUCUGCUGCGCUGGGCGCUCGCCGCCAAGCACGCCGAGGUCAAGAGGUCAGUGGUGCGGCAUGACUCGGUGUGGGACCGGUUUGUGUUCCGGCGCACGCGGGCCUCGCUGGGCGGCAGGGUGAGGCUGGUGGUGGUGGGCUCUGCGCCUACCGCCUCCGCCGUGCUCACCUUCGCACGCUGCGCCCUCGGCUGCACGGUGCUGGAGGGGUACGGACAGACCGAGUGCGCGGCCGCCUGCACGCUGACGCUGCCGGGAGAGGCGCGGCCCGAGCACGUGGGGCCGCCACUGCCCUGCUGCGAUGUCAAGCUGGUGGAUGUGCCGGAGCUGGGCUACUUCGCCGUAUCCGGCCAGGGCGAAGUCUGCGUACGUGGCAGCAACGUCUUCAGGGGCUACCAUCGUGACCCGGAGCGCACGCGGGAGGCGCUGGACGAGCAGGGCUGGCUUCACACCGGCGACGUGGGACAGUGGACGCCAGCCGGCACCCUCAGCAUCAUCGACCGCAGGAAACCCAUCUUCAAACUGGCGCAGGGCGAGUACGUCGCGCCGGAGAAAGUGGAGGCCGUCUACCUGGGCUCCCGCUUCGUCGCGCAGCUCUUCGUGCACGGAGACAGCCUCAAGUCGUAUGUGGUGGCGGUGGUGGUGCCGGCCGUGGUCGCGCUGAAGGCCUGGGCCGCCUCCGCCGGCAUCCCGGGCACGCUGUCGGUGCUGUGCCAGUCGCAGGCGGUGCGGGAGAUGGUGCUAGAGGACAUGGCGCGCCUGGCCGAAAAAGCUGCGCUCAAGGGCUAUGAGCAGGUAAAGGAUAUUUACCUGCACCCGGACCCGUUCAGCGUGCAAAACAACCUUCUCACCCCUGGUCUCAAGUCAAAGCGACCCGAAAUGCGACGAUAUUUCAAGCCACAGCUGGAUGAUCUCUACGCAAAACUGGGCUGACGCUCAGUGCUGCCAUCUCGUGUGCGUUCGGCGAACAUGGGUGGGAUGCGUCGCAGCUGUUGAUGGCGGCGGCGUCGUUGAUACAGAUUGUCGGUGGUUGAAAGUGUGUGCGUUUUGGAGUGAUGCUAGGCGAGACGGUAGAAUCCGUGCAUACUCUUUGAUGAGAUCCCGCUUUGCAACGUGGACUCAUCUGCUGGUGUUUCAUUGACGCUUGGCAUUGAGUUGGCAUUCAUCAGAAUGUUAAGAAAACAUGUUCAUCGCCCCAGUACUGACUCGCUCAUUUCGCGUAUCUUCUGAACACGAACUGUUCACAUGUGCUGAGUCGUAAAAUAAGCGAUGAUAUGUGGUUACUCCCAUGUGAAACUUCGCAGAGCUCCCUUUAACUACAUAUCUCUACGAAAACGGUACUGUGUGGCAACAAAGCGCACGUUAAGGUGCUUCCACCAAUGUUUUUGUCCCCAACUGACCGUUCUUUUUCAAUAAACAAACAGAACUAUGA